CCUGUGCCUUCCUCUCCCCACCACCACCACCACCAUCACCACGCGCUUCCCGAGGCGACGAAUCGGGCCUCCUGCUCCCCUGCCGGUCGCCGCCGCGACGCCGAUAUUGGAAGGUGCUCUGACGGGUCGAACGCCGACAAGAGUUGCAUGGGGAGAGGAUGCCACAGCUGCGAAGCAGUACUCGCCUAGCGCUGCUGAGGUCCAGGAAGCUUGAAGAUCAACAGCCAGCACAGCCUCCGGUUGCGAAACCGGUGUUACCUGCUCCACGGAAGCGCAUUCCCGUCCCUGCUGUAAGGGGCAGAUACGCUGCUGGUGGCGGUGGGAGAAGAGGGCCAUCAAGGCCUGCAAUUAAGGACCAGUAUUUUCAAGACCCGCCCAAAGCUGUCUCUGCACGCACGCUUGUUUCGGAAGCCAAGGACCCUGCUUCGAAUAAGGUUGCUGACUGCAGUCAAAAGAAAGCCAAGCUUGCUGAGGGUCUCGCGGGUAAAGGUUUGAGAAUGGAUGGUGAAAGUGCGGAGAAGCUUGUAGGGGCUGAGGAUGAUUCAACAACAUCACCGAUUCCUGAGAGGGUUCACGUAGGUAAUUCUCCAGUAUAUCUAACUGAAAGGAAACUAGGUAAAGGUGGCUUUGGUCAAGUCUACGUUGGUAGAAGAUUAUCAGGUGGGACAGCCCGCACUGGUCCUGAUGCCUAUGAGGUUGCGUUGAAGUUUGAGCACCGGAGCAGUAAAGGGUGCAAUUAUGCCCCUCCAUAUGAGUGGCAAGUUUAUCAGAAUCUCAAUGGCUGCUAUGGCGUACCUUCGGUCCACUACAAGGGUCGUCAGGGCGACUACUAUAUCCUUGUAAUGGAUAUCCUUGGCCCUAGUCUUUGGGAUGUAUGGAAUUCACUGGGGCAAGCGAUGCCUCCACAUAUGGCAGCAUGCAUUGCUGUAGAGGCCAUAUCAAUUCUUGAGAAGUUUCAUUCCAAAGGGUUUGUUCAUGGCGAUGUAAAGCCGGAGAACUUUCUGCUUGGUCUUCCUGGAUCACCUGAGGAGAAAAAGCUUUUCCUUGUUGAUCUUGGUUUAGCAUCAAAGUGGAAAGAUUCCUCAGGUCACCAUGUUGAUUAUGAUCAAAAGCCUGAUAUAUUCAGGGGAACAAUUAGAUAUGCAAGUGCACAUGCCCAUUUAGGUCGUACAGGUAGUAGGAGGGAUGAUUUAGAGUCACUGGCCUACACCCUUAUAUUUCUAAUAAAAGGAAGAUUGCCUUGGCAAGGCUACCAGGGAGAUACCAAGAGUUUUCUUGUUUGCAAGAAGAAAAUGGCUACUUCUCCAGACAUGCUAUGUAGUUUCUGUCCAGCUCCAUUCAAAGAAUUUUUUGACAAUGUUGCAAAUAUGAAAUUUGAUGAAGAACCAAAGUACGCCAAACUUAUUUCUCUGUUUGAUGGUUUGAUUGAAUCGCCCGCAUCAAGGCCAAUCAGAAUUGAUGGGGCUCUUAAGGUGGGGCAAAAGCGUGGAAGAUUGCAUGUCAACCAUGAAGAAGAUGAGCAGCCUAAGAAGAAAGUUAGAUUAGGGCAUCCAGCAUCACAAUGGAUUUCAGUUUACAAUGCGAGGCGGCCUAUGAAGCAAAGGUACCAUUACAAUGUGGCUGACAACAGGCUUCAGCAACAUAUACAAAAGGGUAAUGAGGAUGGCCUAUUCAUUAGUUCUGUGGCUUCUUCAGCAAAUCUUUGGGCUCUCAUUAUGGAUGCAGGAACUGGGUUCAGUUCCCAAGUUUAUGAACUCUCACCGGUUUUCCUACACAAGGACUGGAUAAUGGACCAGUGGGAGAAAAGUUUCUACAUAACAGCAGUAGCUGGAGCAUCCAAUGGAAGUUCAUUAGUUGUAAUGUCCAAAGGAACUGCAUACACUCAACAGUCAUACAAGGUUAGCGAAUCAUUCCCCUUCAAGUGGAUCAGCAAAAAGUGGAAAGAAGGUUUUCAUGUAACGUCUAUGGCCACAGCUGGAAAUCGCUGGGGAGUAGUCAUGUCAAGGAACUCGGGCUAUUCUGAACAGGUUGUAGAGCUGGAUUUCCUGUAUCCAAGUGAAGGCAUCCAUCGGCGAUGGGAGCAUGGUUACAGAAUAACUUCUUCAGCAGCCACCAUCGACCAAGCCGCUUUUAUCCUUAGCAAGCCGAAAAGGAAACCAGUAGAUGAGACACAAGAAACUCUACGGACCACAGCCUUCCCCAGCAACCAUGUAAAGGAUAAAUGGGCGAAGAACCUGUACAUUGCCUCGAUCUGCUACGGCCGAAGUGUCAGUUGACCUCUGCAAAUCUGAAGUCGAAUGGAGCAGGGACAUUUAGUAUUUUGUCAAAGUGAGUGAGAUGGGAGAGAAAAGCCGGGAUAGGAUUAGAAAGCAGAAGUUGCCUCGAGGGGUAUCGCACCGUAAUUGUAAAGGAAUGUUCUGCCGAAUGCAGGCUAUAUAUCUUAUAUCCAUAAGAAGCUAACACAUUCCGUUUGGAAUUCGCCAUGUAUAGUUUGGUUAAGUUGUCAUUCGGGCAAUGGUAAUUUGGUGCGAGUCUAAAAAUGGUUAAAUCGUAAUC